AUGGGUAGCUCAGAAAAACUUCAUGUUGGUAUUCUCUCAAGUCCAGGCUUAGGGCACAUCAUCCCCGUCCUUGUCCUCGGCAGCCACCUCGCCACCCACCAUAAUGUCUCAGUCACCAUAUUCGUCAUCACCUCCGGCAGCUCUCUGGCGGAAAAAGAGCUACUCAAAUCUGCCAAUAAAUCAAAGUUGAUUGAUAUAGUUGAAAUACCAGCGGUAGAUAUCUCGAACCUUAUUGAUGCUAAUACCAAAAUGGUCACCCAACUUUGUGUACUUGUGCGUGAAAGUUUACCUGUUGUUAAAUCUGUAAUAUUUGCAAAGAAGCAUAUUCUGGACGCUCUCAUCGUUGAUCUUUUUUGCACUGAAGCCUUGCCAAUAGCCAAAGAAUUUUGGUUACCAAACUAUGUUUAUGUUCCAUGUAAUGCGUGGUUUACAGCUUUGACUGUAUACUGUCAAGUUCUUGACAAAGAAAUUGAGGGUCAAUAUGUUGAUCAGGACGAACCGUUGAAAAUUCCGGGUUGCAAACCGGUUAGACCGGAAGAUGUGGUGGAUCCAAUGCUGGACCGGAAUGAUCAGCAGUAUAGUGAGUACAUGAGAGUUCUAGGGCUUGGAUUCUGUUUAUCGGAUGGGAUAUUAAUGAACACGUGGGAAGAUGCUGAGCCCGGUUCACUCAAAGCGCUAAGAGAAAAUGAAACAUUGAAAUCAAUCGUGAAGUCAACGGUUUAUCCAAUUGGACCGUUAUGCAGACGUGACGAACAAAUCAUAGAUGGGAGUGAUAAUAGGAAUUUUGUCCUUAAAUGGUUGGAUGAACAAACUCAAGAGUCAGUUUUGUAUGUGUCUUUUGGGAGUGGUGGAACCCUUUCAUCCAAACAGUUAACUGAGCUAGCUUUUGGGCUGGAGUUAAGUCAACAGAAGUUUGUUUGGAUAGUGAGGCCACCGUCCGAGGUUGGUGCAGACAAGUCAUUUUUCACAACGGGGAAAGAGGGCGACGACACACCGCAAUACUUGCCUGAAGGUUUUCUAACACGAACACAAGAUUUUGGGUUGGUGGUCCAGAUGUGGGCUGAUCAAGUUAGAAUUUUGAGUCACCCAUCGGUCGGUGGAUUUUUGUCGCACUGUGGAUGGAAUUCGAACAUUGAGAGUAUAACGAAUGGUGUGCCAAUGAUUGCAUGGCCGCUAUACGCUGAACAAAGACAAAACGCCACUAUACUUACGGAGGGACUUGGGGUGGCUGUUCGACCAAAGGUAUUGCCAACGAAGAAAGUGGUGGAAAGGGAGGAAAUAAAGAAACUAGUGAGAACGGUAAUGCAAUAUAGAGAAGGAAAAGAAUUGAGGGAAAAUGUGAAGAAACUGAAGAUGAGUGCUGAAAAAGCACUAAGUGUAGGAGGCUCCUCUCAUAAUUCAAUGUGUGAAGCGAUCAAAGAUAUUGAGAAGAGAAUCCAUUGUUACAAGAAAAGCACGUCUGAGGAAACUGUCCAAAAAGCAAAUGGUAAAGGCCAUAUAUAA